CCUCGCCGGUGGAUGGAGCCAUUGGGUGUCGAAGCCGUCAGCAUCCGUUGACAAGGACGUGUCGAGGUGGACGAUGACCCCCGACACGCUAGAAACGGCAUCACGCCUCGCACACCCAAUGGAUCGUUCCACAACCUCGUGGAUCUGCGGUGCGCACUCUCCUGCCAUCCAAUGACGACCGACUUGAGCUCGCUAUCAUUGCAACUUGGCGCGAAAUCGCCCUCGUCGUCGUCGUCGUCCUUCGGAAGAGGAAAGCAAAUCCGCGGCCAGCCACGCGGCGCGCCGGCACCCCGACUUCACAACACAUUUUCACAUCUUUGUCACCGCCGCAAAGGACGAUGAUAAACGAAUCAUCGUCAUCAUCACUACUUGCUCGUUCUCAUCGCUGAUUCUUUUGCUCUCGUCAUCGUCAUCCACAGUCGACAUGAUCAAGCAGGUCAUCGUCGGUCGCCCCGAGGACGCCCGUACCGGUGUGAGCCGACAGACCAUCAAGAAGGAGCUGCCCCUCAAGUUCCCAAAGACCAAGACUCUCUCCGACUCUGCUUUUGCCAACCACGUCAACAAGGCCAUCGCAAGGGGUGUCGAGACUGGUAGCCUCACCCAGGCCAAGAACAACGGCAAGGUCAAGCUCGCCGCCAAGGAGAAGAAGGCCCCCGCCGCAAAGAAGCCCGCUGCCGCAAAGAAGGCACCCUCGACUGCUGCUAAGAAGACUACCGCCGUGAAGAAGGCACCAUCGACUGCUGCCAAGAAGCCUGCUGCGAAGAAGGCUGCCACCCCCAAGACCAAGUCGUCGACCGCUGCCAAGGCUACCAAGCCUGCUGCCAAGAAGACUGCUGCCGCUGCUAAGCCCAAGGCCAAGGCUGCUGCACCUAAGACCAAGAAGGCCGUUGCCAAGAAGUAAAUCGACUUGCGCUACCGC